AGUUUGUCCUCAACGAGCCUGGUGUUAAGGAUAAUUGCUAUAUAUGAGCGCCUGUGUAUGUGUUAACUAGGGGCUGUGUAGCUUCCAAAUGCACUGGAUAGAGGGACACUUGGGGCAACCUGAAGGGAAAUGGUGUCAGGCCAAUAUGAAGGCACUAAUUCUUGUUGGUGGAUAUGGCACCAGGUUGCGGCCUUUAACCCUGAGUGUGCCAAAGCCAUUAGUGGACUUCUGUAACAAACCCAUCCUACUGCACCAAGUGGAGGCCCUAGUAAAGGCUGGAGUUACUCACGUGAUCCUCGCUGUCAGCUACAUGUCUGACAUGUUAGAAAAGGAGAUGAAGGAACAGGAAAAGAGGCUUGGAAUCCGAAUCUCAAUGUCACAUGAAAAGGAGCCUUUGGGUACAGCUGGUCCUUUAGCCCUGGCAAGGGAACUUUUGACUGAAAACUCCGAACCCUUCUUUGUCCUUAACAGUGAUGUCAUUUGUGACUUUCCUUUUGAGGAUAUGGUGCGAUUCCAUAAACACCACGGAAAAGAAGGAACCAUCGUGGUAACAAAGGUGGAGGAACCUUCAAAAUAUGGGGUUGUUGUAUAUGAGACAGAGUCAGGGCAAAUCCAGCGCUUUGUGGAGAAGCCACAGGUAUUUGUCUCCAACAAGAUCAACUCAGGACUUUAUAUCUUCUCCCCAGCUGUGCUGGAUCGUAUUCAGUUACGCCCAACCUCAAUAGAAAAGGAGAUUUUCCCUGCUAUGGCUCAGGAGGGGCAGUUAUUUGCAAUGGAGCUGCAAGGGUUCUGGAUGGACAUUGGUCAGCCUAAAGACUUCCUGACUGGCAUGUGCAUGUACCUCCAGUCUGUGAGACAGAAGCACCCAGAGUGGCUUCAUGCUGGACCUGGAUUUAUUGGGAAUGUGCUGGUGGACCCCACAGCUAAGAUUGGUCAGAACUGCAGCAUUGGCCCUAAUGUGACUAUUGGCCCUGGAGUGACUGUAGAGGACGGAGUGCGUAUCAAGAGAUGCACAGUCAUGAAAGGAUCCCGGCUGCACUCCCAUUCCUGGCUCGAGUCCUCCAUUGUUGGUUGGAGCUCAUCAGUAGGACAGUGGGUGCGCAUGGAGAACGUGACGGUGCUGGGGGAGGAUGUUAUUGUUAAUGAUGAGCUUUACCUGAAUGGAGCCAACGUCCUGCCGCACAAGUGCAUCUCGGAGUCUGUGCCUGAACCUCGGAUAAUCAUGUAAACGUGCAAGUAUUUCAAUCAGACAGCACAUAGCUCUCUUGUGAUUGGGGACUAUGAUCAUUAUUGUGUGCUGUCCAGCAGCGAGGGGGUUUUGCACUAUAGUACAGAGAGGAGCAGAGAAAUAAAUAAAGAGUAUAAUCUCAGGAGAUGGUAUACAGGCUGGCGCAGUGCUAAAAGCAUGGCUAGUUGGUGGUGUCUGUAUGACAGCAGUUACAGGGUGAGACAGGACAAUUCAUUGAGAAUCAGGCUGUUACCCCUCAAGAUAAUUUAUUAUAUAAGGAGCAGCCUUCACAAUGGCAUCUGAUACUGAAAGGAACAUCUAACACUGUGCUCAGCCCAUCUAUCCAAACUGCUUGAUGGACCUACAGCACAGUGGGUUUUCUCAAAUAAUUGUGAGUAAAGGAACCAGUCAAUAUUAGGGAUAGCAUGCCACUCCCAUGACUCUUUGCUGCCUGUGCGUUUUAAAGGAUCUAAAAUGGCGAUUUCUCCUACAGUGGGCCAGAUUUACUACAAGAACUCUACUGUAUUUUCCAACACAAACACUUCUUAUAAAGGAAAGAGAUUUUUAA